GCAAAUGAAGCAGGUCUUACGGCGGUUCAUAGAUAUCGUGCUGAACCUGUCGCUGAGUAUGAAGCUUUAGAAAAAUAUUUUGGUAGUAGAAGAGAUAAUCCUCGAUACAUUUAUUAUAUACCUGAACCUGAUAUGAUUGAAACUUGGCUUGAGGAAACUGAAAAGGAGGAAAAACAAGAAUUACGUCAUAUGGAUAAUUCAUUGUACUCAAAAAAAUAUCAACAUACACAAGAUGAAGGUUCUUCGAAUAGUAUGGAAAUAAUAUCUAAUAUUGAUAAAAUUUCAUUUAUGGAUGAAGAAACUUUUCUGUCAAAAUUUGCUUCUAAAUCAAACAUGAAAUCACAGAGAAAUUGGAAAUCAAGCAACACAUUAUUAAAGAAAACCAGUUACAAUAAAUCAAGUAAUGAAUCUUUAUCCAAAGAUCCAGGUUCGACAAACGUUGACAAUCAAUUAUCAAUGCAAGAAAAAUUAAAUAACCUAGAAAAUGAAUUUAAGAAAUUUUCAACGAAAUUUGAUGAAUUAGACCAAAAUUUAAAAACAAUAUUAAAAACUUUAAAUAACAUAAAUAAUCCCAAAUAG